AUGAUCCCAUACCAGUACUGUAAGAUCGAGCUGUACUCCAACUCGAUUCGCCGAUCGUCGAUUGCAAUGACGAGCGAGUCCAUGGGCAACCUCGGCAAUGUGGAGCAGAUCACGCCAGCUCGCCAGUCAACUGGCAGCGUUGCCAAUCGCGCUGCUCAUCUUGGGGGCGGGCAUUCUACUCUCGUAUAA